UAACGAAUUUACUCAACUGCUACGCCCUGAUUGUGAGGGUAACAAGACUAUGAGCGAAACGAUCCAGAAGUUUUCAGAGAAGUUAGCAGAAUUGGAUGUAAUGGUGAGAAGAAUGGUCAUAGAGAGCUUUGGGAUAGAAAACUACUUUGAUGAACACCUCAAGUCAACGAAUUACCGUUUGCGACUGAUGAAGUAUGUAGCACCACCUGAUGUUGAUGCUAAUGUUGCGGUCAGUACUAAAGAUUCUGUUGAUGGUGCUAAUACGAAUACAACUGCUAACGCUGAUGCUGGUGAUAUUGCUAAUGGUAUUGCUAAAGUUCAUAUUGAUGACGAUGCUAAUGCCAAGGGUGACGUUUGCACUGGUGUUGGUACCAAUCAUAAUGGUGAUGACGUUAAUACUGGUGAUUGUGCUAAUGUUAAGUCUAAUGUCGACGUUGGUACUAAUGUUAGUGCUAAAUCUAGUGUUGGUGCUGAUGUUAACAUUGGCACUAUUGCUGAUGUUAAGGCUAAUACUGGUACUCGUACUAGUGCUAAUGUUGGCGUUAGUGAUAGUGUUAAAGCUAAUGGUGGCGCAGAUGAUGAGGAGAAGAAA